ACGAAAGGAGGACAGAUAACUUCUAUUUACAUUCCUUUUACCGGUAACAACUUCAUUUGGUGUAGAAUAAUCUGUCUGGUGAAUCACUUUUACCUGUUCCUCCCUUUAGAGAUCAACAUCGAUCUGUCAUUAGGUGACCUAACUAAUAUACUGUAUAACCAUAUACCUUGGACGUUUUUUGGGAGGGAAUUCCUUAACAUUGUGGAGGAUAUGGCCAUGAGGGGAGGAGAUUACUUCAAUACUUCUGCUGGGGCACGAAGAAUGAGUCUGUCAGGGCCACGGAAUGGCAGAAACUACAUCAUGUACCAUGGCACCUCUUGGUGGGCUGCACAGAAAAUCAUGGCCAAAGGUUUUUGCCCGUCCAACCGUGGCAUGUUGGGGCAGGGUGUGUAUCUAAGCCGGGACCUGGAGAAGGCUAGUAGAUACCCCCUGGACCUCACUGAACACCAGAAGGUUGUCAUCAAAGUUAAAGUCAAUGUGGGCAAGGUGAAAAAAAUAGACCUCAAAGGCCACCCUUUGCAGAAGACGUGGCAUGAUGAAGGUUACGACUCAGCCUGGGUUCCUCCUAACUGUGGCAUGGUGAAGAGUGGUUUAGAAGAGAACUGUGUCUGGGACCCAAAACGCAUUACUGUUUUAGACACUUUCAAAUCCAAAACAGAACCCACCUUACAAAGUGAGGACACUGAUGAGGAAGAAGAGGAGGAAGAGGACACUGAGGAGGAGGAAGAUGAGGAAGAGGGGGUGGAGGGAGAGGAGGAGGAUUAUGAGGAAGAGGGGGUUGAUGAAGAGGAGGAGGAGGAUUCUGAGGAAGAGGGGGUUGAUGAAGAGGAGGUGGAGGAGGAUUUUGAGAAAGAAGGGGUCGAGGGAGAGGAGACGGAUUAUGAGGAAGAGGAGGAAGCAGAUGGGGACACUGAUGAGGAGGAGGAUGAGGAGGGAGAGGAAGUGUGA